UUUAUCAUUUACGUGUGCGUAUUUAUACACUAAAAAGUUUAUACGAAUAUAAAUAUCUCUCCCGCUUUUAUUACGUACUCCUCUUUCUCCGAUUGCGGGUUUGAUCUGAGCUUUACUUUGCUUGAAUCUCCGGUACAAACAUAUUCGAUGGUGUAGGACAGGUUCAGAAGCUGCUUAAUUAAGGAACUGAGAAACUAAUGCUAUGUUCUGGGAAUAAUUUAAACCGUGGUACUGCAACACUGUCAUCAGCUAUGCCUCCUUUGCUCCAAUGUUUGCCAUUGGAGCCUAUUAUGUUAAGCAAUCAAAAGUACACUCGCUCAGGUGAACUAAGGAGGGUUCUGGGCUUUCCUCUUGGGAGUUUAACAGAUGACCAUUCUCUUGGAGUUUUCCAUCUGAAGCCUCCACCUCCAGUGGCAACAGAGGAGCUAAAGCACUUCAAAGAAAGUGUGCAAGAUGCAUCUAGAAAGGCCAGGGACAGAGCAAAAAUGUUGCGUGAAUCUAUUUUCAAAUUGGAUAAGUACAGAGAAGCUUUAAGCUCAAAGAAGAGACAGCGUAGUGAUCUUUCAUCAAGUGAGAGGUCCAAUGGAGUAAACGUAGUGAAACUCGGAAGUCAGAUUUAUAAAAACCCUCGUGAAAAUAUGACUCAAAGAUUUGAAGACAGGGCCAAGAGUGUUAGGUUCAACAAACGUUUUAGGACGUCGGUGGCUGAUGUGCGGGCAGAUGUUAGGUCAGCUGCUACCUCAAGGCAGCAGGUAGUCACAGACAAGGAUGAAAAAAUGCCUCAGGCUGUUAAUGCGGCUUCUGUCAGGAUUGAAGAAAAGACCCGUAGAUUGCUUGCUGGAGGUGAAGGGUUGGAUCAAAAAGUAAAAAAGAAACGUUCGGUGGGAGCAGUGAGUCAUAGAAUUAUAGGUGGUGAAUGGGAUAUACAACAAGCUACACAUCCAAAGCUGAGUGAUGAUCCUAAGCUACGCUCUUGUGACGUACAAGGUGUCAGAUUAAAAACUUCACUUGGAGUUGGGGGAAUCAACAAGUCAGAACCAUCUUUGGAGUCCAGUAAUCUCAGUACCUGUACAGUACUCAAGAAUGAUAUGGAAAAUGCUCCUGUUCAAAAAGACCAUUCAGUUGUUUUAGAGCAGAAGGUUAUGUUGAAAGGAAACAUUAAGCUAAAUAUUCAGGAGGAGAACCCUAUAGGCAGUCUUAAUACUGUGAUAAAAGGAAGGGUUUCUAGGGCGCCACAAACUGGUUCCAUCUUGAAUCUAGACUCAUCACCUAAUAUUCACUCUCCGUCUGCACCCUUUCAAGGUCGAGAACAUCCUGCUGGUGAAAACAAAGGCAAAGUGGCAUGUGUUAUGAGUAAUCAAAAGCGUGUAAUGUCGAAUGGUUGUUCCGUACAACCUAUGGCUCAGUGGGUUGGUCAGAGACCACAUAAAAACUCUCGCGCAAGGAGAACAAAUUUGGUUGCUCCUAUACCAAAAAAUGCUGAGGCUCAGAUUUCCUGUCACAGUUCUGCAACUUCUAAUUUUAGUGCUAGAACUUCUUCUGUUGGGACCAAUGGAUCACAAAUUAUGAGCAGUUUAGAUAAUCACACCCCGAAAUCUAAAAGAGAACUUCAGAAUGUUUCAUCUCCAUUUGGGUUAUCUGGAAAUGAAGAAUCUGGAGCUAGGGAAAACAAGUUGAAAGAUAUGGGAAUGGACAGCAGUGACAUUGCCUUAGCUGCAGAUCAAAAAGUUGUGGCUCGCUUAUUCCCCAGCAAGAAGAAUAAGUCACCAACUAAAGAAAUUGGAGAUGGUGUACGAAGACAAGGAAGAAGUGGAAGGUGUUCAUCUUUAACAAGGCCUGAGAUUCCUCCAAUUGUGAAGAAAUUGGAGAAUUUACCAACCACAAAGCCUCUUCAAGGCAUGAAACCUAUGUCCGAUAAGAAUAAAAGUAAAACAGGUCAUCCGCUCUCAAAAAAGAUUAAAGAUCACAAGUUCUUAACUCGUGUUGGACCUUCAACAUGUAAUGGUUCGUCAGAUUUCACAGGUGAAUCUGAAGACGAUCAUGAAGAACUAUAUUUGGCUGCUAAUUCUGCUCGUAAUGCUAGUAAAUCUGCCUGUUCUGGUCCAUUUUGGAAGAAAAUGGAAUUGCUUUUUGGUUCUCUUGGCUCAGAGGACAUAUCCUACUUGCAGCAGCAGCUAAGUUUUCCAGAGGAGCUUGGUGAGAGUUUGUCUCAGAUUUUUAGUGAUGAAUACAAUAUUUCGGGCAUUUUGAUGCAUACAGCAGUCCCUAAUUGUUCUGGGGAAAGACAAGGGAGCCAUUUUAAUCAAGAUUCACUGAAGACUGAUGCUUUAUGUGAAAAACGUGACAUGAGAAGGUUGGAAAAGGAUACUCCAUUGUACCAAAGAGUUCUCUCUGCUUUAAUUGUAGAAGAAGGUGAAGAACUUUACCAUCAAAGCGAAGGGAAAAAUAUGCACAUGUGGUGUGCUAGUGAUGAUUCUCAUUGUGGUUCAUGUAAUCAGAUUGAUGUUGAACCCAAAGAUUGGGACAGAAUAGAAUCUGAAGUUGAAUCGAAAGUAGAUGUUUCGAGAUACUGCAUGCUGGACAGACUUUCUUGUGAUAAAAGUGCUAAAACUAGUACCCUUAGUAAUGGAAACAUGUCUAGUUCUUUACACAGCCAGGAACAGUGGGAUGGAGAUGAUGGCCUUUCAGAUUCUGAUGCGGAGCAACUGCAACCUAGGGGGCUAGACACUCCUUGCUUUCCUUCCUCUGACUGCCAAUAUCAGUUGAUGUGUCUGGAUGACAGGCUUCUUCUGGAGCUAGAAAGUAUUGAUUUAUGUCUGGAGAGAUUGCCUGAUCUAACAGACGGAGAAGACAUGAUUAAUCAAGAUAUAAUGGGACUCGAGCAAGGGCUGCAUCAAGAGAUCGCGAGGAAGAAGAAAAACUUAGCAAAAAUUGAUAAAACUAUCCAGAAAGAAAGAGUUACAGAAAGACGGAGAACUGAACUAGUUGCAAUAGACCAGCUUAUUGAGAUGGCUUACAGAAAACGAUUGGCUUCACUGGGGAGUAAUGGUUCCAAAAAUGCAGUACGUAAGGUUUCAAAACAAGUAGCAUUGGCUUUUCUCAAACGCACGCUUUCUAGAUGUCGAAAAUUUGAAGAAAGAGGCAUUAGUUGCUUUAGUGAUCCUGCACUGCAGAAGGUUAUAUUCUAUGAAUCUUCAUGCAACAAUGCUGCAAAGCCUGUUGACUUUAAAUGCAACGAAGGUUCCCAUCAAGCGGAAGUCAGGAGAUCUGGGGCAGUGUCCAGUGCGAGUGGGAGAUAUGAUUCCCUUAGUAAUAAUCUCGACAGGGGUGCUAGUCUUGAAAGGGGUUCAUCAGCGGCUCUUCAUGCUGUCAUUGACUCGUCUGGUCAAGCUUCUUCCACACAUGGAUCAAAGUUGAACCUUAACAAGGGGAAGAAGCGGGAACUGCUGAUUACUGAUGUUGGUGGAAGUGCAUCCUCAAUGUUAACUUCAGCUCUAGACACCACUCUUCACGAAGUAAAGGGAAAGAAAAGUGAGAGAGAUAAGGACCGAAAUUUAGAUAAUUUCAGAAACAGUUCGCCCAGUGGAGCUGGUCGCGCAUCAUUGGACUCCUCUGGAAGUGAAAGCAAAACAAAAGGAAAGUCCAGGCAAAAUAAUACUAAGUUACCAAGUCAAUCAGUUGGUAAUGCCAGCAAUAAAAGGAAUAGGGUGGGGCCGUCGUUGCCCAGCAAUACACGUUCAUCUUUGUCUAAAGAGACAGAUGAACCCACUGAUUUUGCAAAUUUGCAACUGCCUGAAUUAGAUUCACCGGAAGAGAAUCAAGAUCUCAGUACAUGGUUGAACUUUGAUGAAGAUGGCCUGCAAGAUCAUGAUUCCAUUGGCCUUGAAAUACCAAUGGACGAUCUCUCAGAGUUGAUGCUUAUGUGAGACAGUUUAAACUACUUGUUUCACCCUGAUCGCCUUCCGGCUGUUGCGUCACAAAACCCCUUAUUCCAGAUUGAAACAAAGUUAGUCUAACCACACCAGGUUGUAAUUGUAAUUCUCUUUUUAACGAAUAUCGAUGUAAUCGAAGAAUUUUGAUUGUAAAACCCAGAUGUGUUUUCUUUGAUUGUAACACUGCUUGGUAUCCCCUUCCAGAGAAUGAUACCAGGCAUGGAAUUGGAUCCUCUCCGAGGCAAACCCUCGGAUCCUCCUAACCCACUAACACGGGCCGUUGGAUUUUGAUCCAACGGCUACAAACACGGAGGUCCUUUUAAAAGUUAUAAUAAUUGUAGCCGUUUGAUUAAAAUCUAAUGGCCUGUGUUAUUGGGUCAGAAGGAUCCUGAGGGUUUGCCUCGGAGAGGAUCCAAUGCCACCAGGCAUUACUCCCACUCAUGUAAUUUUUGUGCCUGUCUGCGUAUCUGCAAAGUGAUUGGAUCUCACUUGUCGAAA